AUGUCGCACCAUCACCACCACUACAAGAAGAAGCACUACAGUCACUGCGACCCGUGUGACUCGCCGCCUCACUGUGGGUCGCCUCCACCCUACAUCCACACGACCCCGACGCAUCACUAUGGCGCCUACCCGCCCGCACCUGUGGGCUACUACCCGCCUCCACCGCACGGUGCCUACCCGCCUCCCCCACACGGCGCCUACCCACCACCGCCCGGUGCGCCGGUCGUGCGGCCUGCCUACCCCGGCCCGCCGCCCGCGGGCUAUCCGGGCUACCCCUACCCUCCUCCGCCGGGCGGCGUCGCGCCUCCGCCGAUGCCGAUGAGCGGCUAUCCACCGCAGGCCGCUCCCGCGAUGGGCGCGAUGCCGCCGCCCUUCGCCAGUGGCGGUGGUGGCAUGCCGCCUCCGCAGCCCGCGGCCUUUGGGCAGCACAACCUUGCGGCGCAGAUCAGCAGCAUCUCGCAACAGCGCGUUGCGGGCCAGCAGCAGUUCGGCGGUCCCCAAGGCCAGCAGGGCUACCCGCCGCAGCAACCGCCGCAGGGUUACUCAUCGCAGCAGAGCUUCCAGCAGACCACACAGGCCUACUCUCAGCAGUCCCAGCAGUUGCAGCAGCAGCAGCAGCCAGGUCAACCGCCCGCAUCCCAGCAGCAGCAGCAGGGCUAUCCGCCGCAGCAGCAAGGCUACCCCCCGCACCAGGGCUACCCGCCCUCGCCGCAGCAGCAGCAGCAGCAGCCAGGCCAGCCGCCCGCACAGCCGCAGCAGCAGGGCUACCCGUCUCAUCAGCCACCGCAGGGCUAUCCCCCGCAGCUCCAGCAGCCCAGCGCGCCGCCGCCGCAGCAGCAGCAACAGCCGCCUUCGUCCGGGACCCAGUCGCCCGCAUCAGCCGGCUCGCCGUAUGCGAGCGCCUCGGCCCCCGCCUACCCGGGACAACCCGCGCCGGACGGCUCGGCGUCGGCGGGGUCGCCUUCGCCCUUCGCGGCCAGUUCGUACCCGAACCAAUCGGCGGGCAUGGGCCAGCGCAUCAGCAACCCCAACUCGUCGCCGGCCCUCCAGAACCUGGCCUACCAGCAAUAA